CACAAAUUGGUUCUUCUCCUUCGAUCAAAGACCUCCUUAAAUGGCAGACACUAAGGAUGAAACCACCAGGGAGCAACAUGAAACGGUCGAUGAGAUGCUUGCUAGGCACAGGCAAGAGAUCAAACAAUUACAGAACAAGGAGACGGAGUUGAAAAAGGCUGCUGCAAAAGGAAGCAAAGCUGAGCAGAAAGCAAAGAAGAAGCAAGUCGAAGAAGACAUUUCUAAACUCUCCACAAAGCUCAAGGAGAAACAUCUCAAAGAGCUCGCCUCACAAGGUUUCAGCAGCAGCAGCAGCAGUAACAGCAACAUCUCCAAGGACGAAACCAAUGAGAAGAAAGGAGAUAUCGACACUUUAGUGCGAGCCAUCGCUGGAGUCUCAGUCACUGCUCAGCAAGAACACUCAAAGCCUAGCAAGAGCGUGAAGAGACGAGAGAAACGAGCCAAGGAAGAAGCGGAUAGAGAGCAGAGAAUCAAAGAGGAGCAAAGCAAUGUGACAAGUGAUCGUAUGGUGGAGAACCAAAAGAUCGAAAAGAAGCUUAAACCGCUGGGUCUAACCGUCAGCGAGAUAAAACCAGACGGACAUUGCCUUUACAGAGCAGUAGAGAACCAGCUUGCUAAUCUCUCAGGCGUUGCAUCUCCUUACACGUACCAGAAGCUAAGAGAAAUGGCUGCUGCAUACAUGAGAGAGCACAAAACAGAUUUCAUCCCGUUCUUCUUAUCAGAAACCGAGUCUGAAUCUGAGUCUGCGGAGGAGCGGUUUGAGAAAUACUGCAGGGAAGUCGAGUCAACGGCGGCUUGGGGUGGUCAGCUGGAGCUAGGGGCGUUGACACAUUGCUUGAGAAGACACAUAAUGGUGUUUUCAGGAUCGUUUCCUGAUGUUGAAAUGGGCAAAGAGUAUAAAUCUAACAAUAAUGACUCGAGCCUUAUGUUAUCGUAUCACCGGCAUGCUUUUGGGCUAGGUGAACAUUAUAAUUCUCUCGUCAAGAACAUCACCUGAUGAUGGAGGCCUUCUCUCAAGCUUUUAUGAGACGAGUACUUCUGUUUGUAUCAAAUUAUUUACUGAAUUUCCAUUGUUUAAUGUUUCUUGGCGUUCAGAGAACCUACACUGUAACUUUUAUUUUUCCUUGGUGAGAAGCAUACUUAUUCUAAUACAGGUUCAAGUUUUCAUUACAUAAUAA